GCCUCUUUCCUCAGAUCAAUGCCCUGGCCACUCACUUUCUGAUGUUGCACGACGGGAAAUGCUUUGAAUACUUGCGACAUGGCCGCUUGCAUUGAUUGCCAAGAUUGACAGCAGUAACCAUCGUCUUCUGUCGCUUCUGUUUUAGAGUAGAGAGGAAAUCGCGAUAAAUAUACUUACAACUGCUCUCAGCAGCUUUGACAGUUCAACUUCAUACAGCCAAAGCGGGAUUCCCUCUACGGUCAGUGGAAGCGACACACUUCAGUUUUCUUCUUUCUUUUCUACUACACUUAAGUGUUCAUUAUCUUUAACCUGUUUCAAAACCAAUAACGGGAUACGGCGAAGACGAGCGCUUGUUUUGGUACCCUGCUCACAUAAAGGACUUUCUGCCCGUGGAUUUGGGGAGGAACUUGUGGUUUUGUGCAAGUAAAGAGCAUUUCCUAACUGGAUCCGGCGAGCAGAUACCGACAGAUCGCAGACGAACGCUUAUGGUGCCAGUAAUUUUCAUGAAUUCAAAAUCAACUCACCAGUGAUCUUUGGGAGCUGGGGAUAAAGUCUUUCUGUUUAUAAACCAAAUGCUGAACAUGGAGGGCUUUCUGCGUAGCAGCUUUUUACUGAGCAGAAUCAUGUCUUCCAAGCAAGCCACUUCUCCAUUUGCCUCGACCCCUGACGGAGGUGAGGAUGGAUUGAAUCAGGAGCGCAUGUCCUGGGAGAAGGAAGAGAACUCUGAGUCGCUAGUCGCCCCUCAGCUGCCCCUGCACAAUCUGCUCCACAACAAACCUCCCCUGGAGGAGCUUCAGGCAAUCAGCAGCAGCGUGCCGCCCGAAUCCGACUGGGAGAGCCUGAUGUCGGCCCAGCAGCGCAUGGAAUCGGACAGCAAUAAAGUAUGUUCCUUAUACUCCUUCCGGAAUAACUCUACCUCUCCACACAAACCAGAGGAGGGGGCCAGGGAGCGCGGCGACCUGCUGAGCAGCUCAGCCUUCGGAACGCCAGAGCGCCGCAAAGGAAGCCUGGCCGAUGUGGUGGACACACUGAAACAGAAGAAACUAGAGGAGAUGACAAAGACAGAGCAUGACGAAUCCUCCUGCAUGGAGAAACUCCUUUCUAAAGACUGGAAAGAAAAGAUGGAGCGACUCAACACAGGCGAGCUGUUAGGAGAAAUUAAAGGUACUCCAGAAAGUCUUGCAGAGAAGGAGCGACAGCUCUCCACCAUGAUCACACAGCUCAUCAGCCUGCGCGAGCAGCUCCUGGCCGCCCAUGAUGAGCAGAAGAAACUGGCCGCCUCGCAGAUGGAGAAACAACGUCAGCAAAUGGAGCUGGCACGCCAACAGCAAGAGCAGAUUGCCAGACAACAGCAGCAACUUCUGCAGCAACAGCACAAAAUCAAUCUCCUCCAGCAGCAGAUCCAGCAGGUCCAGGGUCACAUGCCUCCACUCAUGAUCCCCAUUUUUCCACACGACCAGCGCACUCUGGCAGCGGCCGCUGCAGCCCAGCAGGGCUUCCUCUUCCCCCCAGGCAUGUCCUAUAAGCCAGGUGAUAACUACCCGGUGCAGUUCAUUCCAUCCACAAUGGCAGCUGCUGCCGCGUCAGGACUCAACCCUCUGCAGCUCCAGCAACUCUACGCCGCCCAGCUGGCCAGCAUGCAGGUCUCUCCAGGAGCCAAGAUGCCUCCGCUGCCCCAGCCCCCCAAUUCUGCCGGGCAAAUCUCCCCGUCUGGCUUGAAGAACGAGAAGAGGUCCUCAACCCCCCUGGCUCAAGUCAAGGAGGAGGGAACACAGCCUCUCAACCUCUCUGCCCGGCCCAAGACAGCUGAUUCUGUCAAAUCCCCCACAUCCCCGACACAGAUCCUCUUUCCAGGCAGCAAGAGCAGCCCGAACAGCCUGUCCAAGAGCGGAGGCAUCCCCAGUCCCAUCGGAGGAAUGGGUCGUGGCUCUUCUCUAGACAUUCUGUCCAGCCUGAACUCAACAGCGUUGUUUGGAGAUCAGGAUGCGGUGAUGAAGGCCAUCCAGGAAGCAAGGAAGAUGAGGGAGCAGAUACAGAGAGAGCAGCUUCAGCAUCAUCAGCAGGGAAUGGAGGCCAAGCUGUCUGCCCUUGCCAGCAUGGGCCUGAACAACUGCAGGGCUGAUAAGGAGAGGUCUCAUUAUGACAGCCUUGGCCAUCACCUGGGCAAACUAGGCGAGGAUGGAAAGAUCGGUCACAGAGUCAUCGACCUCACCAGGCCAGAGGAUUUCGACGGGUGUAGGGAACUGAAUGGCUCUGCAGAUAAACCACAUCAGUAUUAUUGUUGGCCAACAGGAGGCGCCAGCACUACCGAGGCACGGGUCUACAGGGAACCCCGGGGAAGGAACAGCAACGAACCUCACAUCAAACGGCCCAUGAACGCCUUCAUGGUCUGGGCCAAAGAUGAGCGCCGCAAAAUCCUUCAGGCCUUCCCAGACAUGCACAACUCCAACAUCAGCAAAAUCUUGGGAUCUCGCUGGAAGUCCAUGACGAACCAGGAGAAACAACCGUAUUAUGAAGAGCAGGCACGGCUCAGCAAGAUCCACCUGGAGAAGUAUCCCAACUACAAGUACAAGCCCAGGCCCAAGCGCACCUGCAUCAUCGACGGCAAGAAGCUGCGCAUCGGCGAGUACAAGCAGAUGAUGAGGUCGAGGAGGCAGGAGAUGAGGCAGUUCUUCACUGUGGGGCAGCAGCCACAGACGCAGAUCCCCAUCACCACCAGCGCAGGUGUCGUUUACCCCGGUGCCAUAACCAUGGCGACCACUACGCCCUCCCCUCACAUGACGUCAGACUGUUCCAGUGCCUCGGCCAGCCCUGAGCCCACCAUCCCCGUCAUCCAGAGCACCUUCAACAUGAAGAUGGAACCAGGCACCAUGGUGCCUAGUGACCCAGUGAACGGAGAGGACGAGAUGGACAUGUACGAGGACUUUGAGGACGAGCCCAAAUCGGACUACAGCAGUGACACACAGGAGCCGGUCAGUGCCAACUGAGGCCAAGACACCCUGUGAAGAAUAUCCAUUUAUUAGAGGGAAGACUGAAGAAGAUGAAAAAGAGAACAUAACGAACAACAAAAAAAGAAAUCGAAAAACUUGUUUCUAAUGAUACACAUUUUGGGAGCCAGCAUGCAGAUGUGGCUCCUUCAGAUUUAACAGCUAUUGGUCUUAAACGUUUCUCCGAGUGUGAAACAAUUUGAUUGUUUUAUUUUGGCUUUUUUUAUUUUAUUAUUAUUGUUAUUUUAUUGAUUUUUUUUUUCCUUGUGUUUUGAUCAUGGACAAUUUAGGGUAUUUCCUACGACAUUUUUAAAUAAUAGGACUUGACAAUUGAAACAUUUCAUAUGAAUGCAUAACUCACAGUCUUACUCAAAUUCAUAUGGAUUUACACAUGUAUUUGUUGAAACCUUUUUUUUGUCCUUUGAAGCGUACAUUACUGUUUUAAAUGGGGUUCUAUAUCUCACUCAGGUAUGCUGUACCAGCCAACAGCUUGUGAAUGUUUUUAAUCAGAACUAUUUCAAAUGAAAAAGACAAAAACACUUCAUUUGACAUUUCAUAAUACGAUAAAACUGAAGAAGUCCUUACAUUUGAUGAACCAUAGAGGGAAAGCCUAAAACUCCCCAUUAUUAUUGUUGUUAUUAUUAUUAUUAUUACAUUUAAAAAAAAGUCCAGAUGUGCCAAACAUAUCAUAAGCUUCCUGCUCUUAAAUCUUAAAUCUUAAAUUUGAAAGUCUUAAGGGAGAGACUGCAUGAGUCUUAGACAAUCCUUGCAAUCUUAUCGACAAAGCCCACUUUCUUUUUCUCCUCUCCAUUGACUACCACCUUCAAAUGCUCAGGAACUAAUAGUGUUAUAGUUCUCCAGGAGGUUCAAUGCAGUGAUCAUCUGACCACCGGCCUCGUCUAGUUCAGUCUUACCCGCUCGGUUCUUAAUCACAGUGAUUGUAAUCAGGCCAGAAUGCCAAGGGGCCAAAUGGCAUCCAAUCUGCAGAAUUGGACAGGCAGCGAAAGGCAGCUUUGGUGUAUUACAAUCACAAAUUGCUGUUGUACAAUAUGUACACGCACAUUCUGCUAAAGUCUUUAGCCCCGUUUUCCAGGGCAGCAAGUUUAAAGUCUUUUUUUUUUACACUUAAGUCUUCUGGACAUUGUAAUUUUAACUGACAUAAAAUAGUCUUAAAGCUCUUUGGGCUUCUGCAAUUUGUUCAUCAUUAAGUCUUAAGAGAACGUCCAGUUUAUUAGGAUGUUUUGGCCAGUUAUGCAGAGGGUUAAGGAAAAAAUUAACUAAACUAAUAAUGGCACUUAUUUUCCAAAUUUUCUAUAUACUGUCUAAGGAUACUUGGAUUUAACAUUGUUUAAUUGUAUUUGCAUUUAAAAAAAUAUAUUCUGAAACGAACAGAAGACUUAGGAUCUUGGAUCUUUUUUAGCACUUGAAAAAGAAAAAGAAAAAAAGACGACAAUUCAUAACGAAAAAGCACAUUUUUGCUCCUUUGUAUUCAGCCCUGCAGCUCUACUAAAUUAUCCGCUCGUUCCGGCAGUAGAACGGAUCUCAGGUUGUUUCCGUGUGGAAGGACAGCCAAGAAGCAGCCAGCGGUCAGGGCCUCUUGUUUUAGACUUUGGCCCUACUGAAAGCUCCUACAGGGUGCGAGUGCCAUUCACCUCCACUCACCUGACCUCUGCCCAGCACACACCCUCCCUCAAGGGGCUGCCAUCUGGCUCCCGGCAUCGGCCCGUGCCCAGGAGAAAGGUGGCGAACAAUGGAGACGAGGCCCAUGUGGUUUAUUGUGCCCUCUCUCCAUCAAAGCUCUAGCGAAAGGCCGCGGCCAGAAGCAGCCACGAGGUGCUAGCGAGCAGAUGGAACAAGUAGAUCAAGCUGUGGGGGAUUAUUAAAAUGACUGACGAGUCGGUAUCAUCUGAAAUACGGCAUUAUUAAUGCAUGAGUCCCGCUAUUUUGCCUUUGCCCUUGAACCUGUCUGUUUCAUUGGUAACCCAGAGAUUAGAAUAGACAGGAAAUGUCACAGCAAGGCUGCUGGUCACUGCAUUACCUCCAAAGGUCUAAAAGGUACUGAUGACUAUUUAGCGCUUACUUCUCCCAGCAGUUGAAGCAUUAACUUUUUCUUUUCAGCACCCCUCUUUGAAAAGCAUUUACUUAAUUCGUAGAAGUUUCGAGCACUUCUUUAGAAGCUUGUAUUUGUACCUUUUUAUUUUGUUGGUUUCGUUUAAGUUUGUUGUGAUUUUUACAUAAGGUACAAUACUUGGCUGGAUGUCCCUUGACAUCCGCGUACAUUUUUUUUUUUCUUCCCUGCUUACAAGCCAACGUUUAUUGUUUAAAGCUGUUAUAUCUGUUUGCUGGUGGAUUGGUUGAUUUGUACGUGAUUUGUACAUAUUUCCUUGACCAUGCCAAGCCAGUUCUGUAGGCUGGUAGCAGACAAAAGGACUGUUGUUGGGACUGAAACUUGAUUGCGCUUGUAUAGAUUAAAAAAAAAAGAAAAGAAAAGAGAAGAAAAGAAAAGAAAAAAGACUAUUUCAAUCUCACACGGAGACAAUGAUUCAAAAGUGUUACAAGCACUGGAUAUAAAUGGUAUUUUUUAUCAAUUCUGACAAAUGUGAAGCCGUUGUGCGAGGAAAAAAAAAGAAAAAACCUACAUGAACAAGUCACCUGUUUGGACUCAUGUGAGCGCGCCUCACAGUUGCCAGAUUUGAGUCAUUUUUCUCUUGACAUAUUUUGUUUAUUUAUGCAAAGACACGUGAUGAAUGAACACUUUGUUUAAGCUCCAGUGCUGCCUAGGGGAGAAAGAGCAGUAUACUCGACGGAGAAGCUUGCGUAGUGACUGAGACACACCGGACUUCAGUAGCACAUUUUAAUGGUCAUGUAUGUUUGUGUUGUAUAUUGUAUUUGAAGCUCUCUAGUGCAUAGACAUUUUAUUGUAUUUAUUAGCCAUUUUUGGCUCUAAAAGUGUCAGUAGAACAGAAUUAAAGGACAAUCAGAGAACAAGAAUAAAAACAGUGAAAUUUCAAAAUGGAUUGGAGCUCAAAACAAAGUUUUUUUUUUUAUCUCCAUCUCAUUUUUUUUCUUUUCAUUGUAAAUAUAACAUAGGAAAAUAGAAUUCUAUUUUUGUUCAUGGAUACUUACUGAAGUAUAAAUUAUGUAUUUUACUUUUUUUCUUCUCUGUUUGUGUGUGUGUGUGUGUGUUUGUGUGUGUGUGUGUGUGUGUGUGUGUGCUUGGUCAUUGUACUUAGAAAAAGAACGAAAUCACAAACUGACAAUUCACUGUACCUCAUGUAGUUGCUGAAUUCACAUCCCUGUUGAUUGAGUAGUAUUGGAGAAACAGCUGAGACAUCUCACUUCGAUGUGUUUCAGUGAUGAACCUCGCACUCCAUGCUGAAUUAACCAGCCAUUUGCUAUGUUGUUAGUGCACUCUGUAGCAAAGGACAAAUCUUGAAAUCCAUGUACGUAAUUUUUUUUUUUUUUUUUUUUUUUUUUUUUACAAUUUAUUUUCUAAAUGUUAAGGUACUUGCUGAAGUUAUAUAAUAAUUGGUUGUGUGCCAAAUUUGAAUGAGAGAACAUGUACAGUAAUUGUGGGGCAUCAGUUGUGGUGUGUCAUUCAGUACAGCAUUAUCUGAAAACAUGUGAGUUUCUUAGUGAGCAUUUAAUCCAUUGGGGAUGUGCAAAUAUUUAUGGUUUUUUUUAUGCUGCACAAUGCAGACCCACUCUUUGCAUUUGAGGUUUUCAUACAAUAUUUUACUCUGUGUUGCUUCAUAGUGUUUAAUAGACCAUUUCCCAUCCAGUCAACAGCAAGUCUAAAUGACAUUUCUUUUAUAAUACAUAACUGUCACUGCCAUAUUAAUGCAAAGUAGGUACAAUAACUGAGGACAACGCUUGGGUGUUUCUACUUAUCUUACUGUAAUGCUUUUUUUUUUUUGUAUUGACUUUUGUGAUGUAUAUUGUGGGAUAAUUUUUGUUAAUUUAAUCAGCACAAUUCACUGACAUGCUGGACUGACAUGCUAGCUGCUGUUCAGAAGAGUAAAAUGUUGCCGUCAGGGACAACGUAUGCUGUUGUCAAUGGUAUUUUGCUUUUAGAUUUCUGUAGUCUCUCAAGCAACACUGUGUGUGGCUCAUCUGUCGCUAGGUACACUCUUGUUUUGAAUCCUGCUAGCAGCCUGAUAACACUUUUCUUUGAUUUUGUCUUUUUGUGCGUGCGUGCAUGUGUGUGUGUGUGUGUGUGUGUGUGUGUGUGUGUGUGUGUGUGUGUGUGUGUAGAGACCGGUUUCUCAGCAGGUACAUAGACCCAUGGCAGGUAUUAUUGUUCGGGCGUUAGAGAUGUAGAAUAGUAUCUGUUGCUGCUUUUGGAGAAAAAAAAAAGUUUUAAGUCUAAAAAUGUAAAUAGUUUUAUCACAAUAUCUUGUACAGUCCAGUGUAAAGUUUUUAAUUGAACUUAAAAAGGUUGCCAUCACAUUUGUGUUCACAUUCUUCUUUUUACAGUACAAAAGACAGCUAUUUGCUAAGGAUAUUAUUGUUAAAAAAAAAUGAAAAAAGGUACUAAAAAUAUUUUUGCUUGGCUUUAGUAUGUAAACCAGCAAGUCAUUGGUUUCCAUGUGCAGUAUUGACGUGAGGUAAACUAAUUAAUGCUACAGUUGUAUGUCCAGAGACCAGUCUUCUCUGUAAUGGUAGUAUUAUUAUAUCAAAUAAAAUAAAGCAGAUGAGUGACACAUUUUGGUGUAUUUAGACACCUUAGUGAAUUGUACAAAUAUCUAGGAUGUUCUCCCCACAAGCAGCAUUUGGCAUAUUGUAAUGUAACACCAUUUCUACAGUAUAUUCUCAAUUCACUGAUGUAUGAUGGCAGAUGAGGGUGUUCCUGUCUGUUUGCUUAUUUACCUCAAGAGUUCCUCUUUUUCCAUAAAAGAUAGAGUACACACACGUAUGACAAAAUCGUCUCACCAUCACUCCAUCUUUUGUACUGCUGUUGACACUUACAAAUUAAAGAGACAUUUUGUUUUA